CCGCGCCGGACUGAAAUAUCGCGACACAAUGUGGCGGAAGCGGAUGCCGCGCGCGUUUGUGUAACCAUCCAAUGCCCUUUAAUGCGGUGACACAACUGCACCCAUGGCGGGACAUCUGAAGAAGCAGCUGAAAGAUGCAGUGAAGGUCAUCGGUUCCGGUAGCCUUCUGUUUGCCUCCUACCUCACUGCCGUCGGAGACGAGCGUUUCUAUGCCAAUCAGCUGAUGCCCUUGCUGCAGAGGAUGGUGGGAGCCGAGACGGCUCACGUGUUGGCUGUGAAGAUGAUCGGUCUGGGUCUGGUUCCUCUGAACCGCUACCAGGACCCCGCAUCAUUGGAAGUGAACGUCCUGGGACUCAAGUUUAGAAACCCGAUUGGGAUUGCGGCGGGCUUCGACAAGCACGGGGAGGCCGUAGACGGGUUGUACAAGGUGGGAUUUGGCUUUGUUGAAGUGGGCACUGUCACUCCUGAACCCCAGGAGGGGAACCCCAAACCCCGCGUGUUCCGACUCACCCCAGAUCGUGCCAUCAUUAACAGAUAUGGGUUCAACAGCUGUGGUUUGGCAGAAGCUGAGCAGAGGCUCGGGGGCAGGAGAGACCUGCAGCAAGAGCACAGAGAAGCUGGCCUUCCCCUCGGCAUCAACCUGGGGAAGAACAAGUUGUCCCAGGACGCAGGGGCAGAUUACUUGCAGGGGGUGAGAGUGCUCGGCCCGCUGGCUGACUACCUGGUGGUCAACGUCAGCAGCCCAAAUACGCCCGGACUCCGGGAUCUACAGGGGAAGGCUGAGCUGCGGCAGCUCCUGCAUACGGUGUUGAAGGAGCGUGAUGCGCUGCAGGGAGAACGCAAACCCCCGGUCCUGGUGAAGAUCGCUCCUGACCUCACUUCCCAGGACAAACGAGACAUUGCUGAUGUCGUCACUGAGCUGGGAGUGGACGGUUUAAUGGUGUCGAACACGACGGUGUCCAGACCAGAAACACUUCAGCAUUCAAGCAAGUCUGAGGUCGGCGGUCUGAGUGGCCAGCCGCUCAAAGACCUCUCUACCAGCACCGUGCGGGAGAUGUACAACCUCACUAAAGGUAAAGUACUGAUUGUUGGAAUCGGUGGUGUGGCCAGCGGGCAGGAUGCUAUGGAUAAGAUCCGUGCCGGUGCUUCACUGGUUCAGCUUUACACAGCUCUCACCUACCAGGGCCCACCCGUAGUGACGAAGAUAAAGCGAGAAUUGGAACAGCUCCUUAAAGAACAAGGUUUCAGUGGCGUAUCGGAGGCUGUCGGAGCAGAUCACAGGGGAGCAGACAAGUAGACCCGGCCCGCUGAAGGAGAUGCUCGAUGUCGCUGUAGACACACAGCACCUGUAGCCACCGUGGGAGCGGCAACCUUUCCUGAACUGGAAUGAAUCCUGAAUAAUUGUCCAGCCAUCUGACAUGAUUUCAGUAUGACAUAUGGUCUCAGCUGCUAUUAUAUUUUCUCUAAUUGUGAUGAGAAAACGUUGAAGGGCAUCUCACCUUUACUUCCUUUGUAGUAAAGUUGGUAAUGGAAAGUCUUUGACGUUGUAUUAAGAAGCUCAGGUGUGUUUGUCUCUAUGUCAGACGUUCAUCCUUUGUUACAGUGUAACAGAAAAAAGUGUCACGUCCAACAAUCUAAUACACAGGUUGCAACUAAGAAAAGAAAUACAUGAAGUCAAAUAAAGUGAGAGAUUGCACAUAAAUAGGAAGAUCCCAUCCAAACACAGAACUUUAUUUAGUUCACAUUUGUUCCAGUGUGCGAGAUUCACAGCUAGGAUCAAACUGUAACUAAUCUGUGAUCAACUCUUGACAAAAUGCUAACAUCUCUAACUGGAGCCUUGCCGUCUUUUAAUUUGUAUUAUUUUCAUAACAUUUACUUCAAGUGUUUUGACAAAUUAAAUAAGUCAUGUGACCUGGUGACCAUUGAUGGACUCCAGAUGAUGAACCACAAUAUUUCACCCUUCAGACUGACAUUUCCUCUCUGCAUUUACACUUCUCAAACAUAUCAGCCAGAUGAGGAUGAUAUUUAUUUACACUUUAACGUUUCCCAGAGGGAGAAUCAUGAUGAAUUUCCUGUCCAAUCCACGAGUCGUCAUGUGUAGAUUAUCACUACAUUUUGCAUUUGCUCAGGGGAAGUCAAGCAGUGUGAACCAUCCUUUUCUCUUUCUGCACAGAAAGACCUCUAAGCUGGUGACAGCAACGUGUUCCGUUGGAGAUUUCUUUGAAAUAAUGUACUGAAAUCUUAAUGUACUUGUAACAUGUGCCGUCCUUUAUGUUUCAUCAGCUUCUUUCCAGUGUGUUUGCGAAGGGUUCUGGCCACACUUUAAUUUAAAAACAUUUUAAGACUAUUGAACCGACCGUACAACUGUAAUAAAAAUACUUUCUGCAAAA